AUGGUUUUGUCGAAACGAUGGAGUUUUCUCUGGACAAUGAUGCAUAGACUUGACUACAUAGAAAAAGACAGAGACGAGAAGAUCGUUUGGGACUUCCUUGACAAGUCACUGCAACUGAACAAGGCACCUGUACUAGAAAGCUUGCGUAUCAGAAUCCAUCGACAAUGUCCUCUUGUCGAUGCAGAUCUCGGAAAGUGGGUCUCGGUUGCAGUUGAACGCUGCGCUCGAGAACUAAUUCUAAUUCUUUGCCAUCUCUCCGAUCCUACCAGCUUGCCUAAGAGGCUUUACACCUGCAAAACGCUUGUGCAAUUGAUUCUAUCCGACAAGAUUCUCGUUGAUGUUCCUUCUCCGGCUUGCUUCCCGUCCCUUAAAUUUCUGGUCCUUUCCCGUGUGGUGUAUAAAGACCAAGAUUCUCAUGUUAAGCUUUUAUCGAGUUGCCCUGUUCUAAGACAGUUGCUUGUGGUUCGAACCAAGCGUGACAAUGUGAACAGGUUCAGUGUGAAAGUUCCUUCUUUAUUGUUGUUAACGUAUGUGUAUUUCCCAUUACCUGACAAUAACGAUGAUAAGCCCUUGGUUAUAGAUUCCCCUGGAUUAAUUUUUGUAAACAUUACUGUCGCUGACCCUUUAAGAGACUCUUUCUCGAUCAAGAACAUGCCACGCCUUGAAGGGGCCAUCAUAUCUCUCUAUGGUUAUCCCCCGAACAAUGAGUUAAACUUUAUGACAUCUUUUUCCUCUGUCAGGAUUCUCAGUUUACAUGUCCAACUUUCAUGGAACCAACCGAGUUCGGUGCCGGGAUGUUUGUUGUCUCAACUUGAGAUCUUUGAGUGGAGAGGAUACAAACGAAGAAGUGAAGAGAAACAAUUUGCGGCGUAUAUCCUCGCAAACUACGUGUUUAAAUACGGUGGGAAUCUCACCAACAUCUUCAUGCGGAGAUGAAAAAGAGAAACCGAACGUAAGGGAUGAGUUAAUAUCUAUAUA